AUGGCCCGAGCGAUCAUGAUCUUGGAAACAUUAAAACAAUUACGACUAUGGGAUGCCGAACCGAACAACCGAUUUUAUAACCAAAUCGAUUUAUCUAAUGUCGGUUUGAUGGGUCAUUCACGUGCUGGCGAAGCUAUUGUCAUUGCACAAGUAUUCAAUAAAUUAAAAUUCUUGACUGAUUAUCCCGGAGGUGUUUCAUUCACGGAUUACGAGUUUGGUAUCAAGGCACUAUUUUCUAUUGGUGGUACAGACGAUGGUUACAUGCCACUCGGACAUAGUCUUAUAUCAGAGGACGUCACGAUGUUUGGCAUUCAUGGAAUAUAUGAUGGAGAUCUAUCAUCAUUUUUCUUUCAAGCAAAAUUAAGAUAUUUACGAUUUACAUCGAAUAGUAGUCAAUACAAUUUCAAAGCGUCUGUGUAUGUUCAUCAAGCAAAUCAUGGACAAUUCAAUAGAGAUUGGGGACGAUUUGAUCUCAUUCCAGGUGCAAGUCGUUUUAUGAAUGUUCGUCCAUUAUUAACGAUGGUGCAACAACAGCAUCUAUGUAAAAUUUAUAUAGCUGCUUUAAUGAACCUUGUUUUAAAAAAUCAAAUGCACUAUCGAGUUCUAUUCGAAGACUAUCGUUCUGCAAUGCCUUACUUACCAUAUACAAAUUAUAUAUCCACAUUUCAAGAUUCAAAUGAAACGAUUGUUGCUGACUUCGAACACUAUGAUGUCACGCAAGGAACAAUAGCAGGUUCAAAAGUCAGUAUUGUUAAUUUAUUACACUGGGGCUCCGUCUAUGUUAAAGUAUAUCGUUCAGCAAUGCUAAUCUUACAGCCCACGAAUAGCUCCGUUGGAAAAUAUGCCAUUCAUCUCCAAAAUGCUAUGACUGGAUCUUGGGUCCGAUUUCAAGUUUGCAGAGCACCGGAAGGGCUCGUCGAUCAUUUAACAGUACAACUCUUUUAUGACAAUGGAACAUCUGAUUCAUUCAUGGUUCACGUACUCCCAGCCCUUGGCAAACGAGUAUUCAAGACUGGUUCAACAGAUUAUGUAACGGCUAUACAAACUAUUUCUUUGCCAUUAUUACGUCCUAUGGUUGGCUUAGAAUUCAUAGUUGAUGGAGUCAAUGCACAAUUUUUAGUGGAUGAUAUUGUUGUAGCAAACUAA